UCUUCGCUGCACAAGUGUUUCUAUCUCUCUUUUUUUCUGUUUGCUCACCCUUAGCCAUCAUGAGUGUGCCGUGCUCUGACCAGGAGUUUAGGCCGGUGAAGGCGAAGGCUGCAAGUUUGCCCCCGGGUGUGACUGCGGAGCGGUGUUGGUGCGGCCGUCUUGCUAAGGUUAAGCAGGUGGAGGAUUUCUCCGACCAGUUCGGCAUGAAAUUUUUCAUGUGUGCGAGCUAUGAGCAUGAUCCACCCCGUAGUUCAGCUUCGUCGUCCACCAGGCCGCCGUCUCCCCCGCCCCUAUGCAAAUGGUUUCACUGGAUAGACACAGAGCAGCCGGAUUGGGCGCGUCAGGAGGUUGAGGAGAAACACCGGCGUGCGUGGGCAACGUUCUUUGAGGAGGAGCGUUGGGAAAAGGUUCGUGCUAAUGAAAAAGCAGAGCGAGAGAGGCAGAUACAGAAACUUAGGGCGGAACAAGCUCGUAAUCGCGAGGUGAAUCAGAAGAGGAUGGAUGAUGAGGCUGCACGUAGGUUUGCAGAGGAAGAGGUGCGCAGGGAGGCUCGUGGAAGGUAA